GGAAGAUGGCCGCCUGGGUGCGGUUGCUAGGCGAUGACUGGCUGAGGGGCGUCCUGCGGGGAUUCAGGGCCAAGGGGCAGCUGCCUUACUGUGCUUACAGAAGGACAUUCUUUGGGUGCCCCCAUUUUAAAGCCCCUUCUGGUCUGUUACAGCAACAUAAAGAGACUCGCUGGAGGCCUUGCACAUCUGGAGUUUCCACAGCCUCUGCUGCCAAAUCCGGGGAGGACGCCACUCUCAAGUGGGGCCUGUUCCUUAUCCCUGUGGCCACCUUUUGCCUCGGCACGUGGCAGGUUCAGCGGCGGAAAUGGAAGUUGAAGCUGAUCGCUGACUUGAAAGGAAGGGUUGCAACGGAGCCGAUUCCGCUGCCGGCAGACCUCCUGGAGCUCAAGGAGUUGGAAUACAGACCAGUCAAGGUCCGAGGGUAUUUCGACCACAGCAAGGAGCUGUACAUCUUGCCACGAUCACUGGUAGAUCCAGAGAAAGAGGCCAGGGAUGCCGGCCAGCUGAUGUCAAGUCCAGAGAGUGGCGCCAACGUCAUCACGCCCUUUUACUGCACAGACCUUGGGAUCACAGUUCUUGUCAACAGAGGGUUUGUCUCCAGACGGAAAAUGAAAACUGAGACCAGGUUAAAAGGACAGACCCAAGAGGAAAUCGAACUCACUGGAGUGGUAAGGCUGUCAGAAACUCGCAAACCCUUUGUACCGGAGAACAACGUGGAAAAGAACCGUUGGCAUUACCGGGACCUGGACGCCAUGGCGAGAGUGACAGGAGCGGAACCCAUUUUUAUUGAUGCGGACUUCAAGAGCACGGUUCCCGGGGGUCCAAUUGGAGGCCAGACCAGAGUGACCUUACGCAAUGAGCAUAUGCAAUAUAUCUUUACAUGGUAUGGUUUGUGUGCAGUCACCUCCUACAUGUGGUUUAAGAAGUUCAUUCAGAAGGUACACGUCUAAGCCUUACAGCUAAUCCAUGCCGUGAGCUUGACCUUGAGUAGCUACGCUUGGCUCAUCAAGGGAGUUUGACGGGCCUUCCUACUCCUUGCUGCAUUUCAGUGACCUGAGCAACAUGAUCAGGCCCGUCUCCAUGUUCUGCUAAAAACCAGGUGCAGCUACUCGUUAAGCCAACUGAUCUGUGGAUACUCGGGGAGUUGCGUGUAACUGGCGUGUUAGGAGUUAAAACACACGAAGCCAAUCAAGGGAAAACUGAAAGGGAGGCCAUUCAGAGGCCUUAAGAGGAGAAAAAUAAGCCUUUAAAUGUUAUAAUCACAUCAAAGAAAAUGGGUGAAAAUCCUGGGGCAGAAGGGUGGGCACAGCAGCUUUGACCCAAGACUGUGAAAUCAUGUUCCUUGAAAUGCUGGAUGUACUAUUUGUGGUGGAAAAUAAAUCAUGAGUAUUUUGAUUUUCUCUGUA